AUGGCCAUGUCCUGCCGGUACGCGGCGCGCUUCUGCGCCCGUCAAUUGCGCUCUGCCAGCGCCCUGCGAGCCCCUACACAGACUCUGCGCCUCGGCGCCACAUCGAGACGGUACAACUCGACAGACGCCGCCGCCGAGGCUCCCGCGAACCCCAAGAUUGCCGAGAUUGUCGAACAGAUCAGCAAGCUGACGUUGCUCGAGACGGCCGACCUCGUCUCCAGCCUCAAGACCAAGCUCAACAUCCCCGAUCUCCCCGUCGGUGGCUUUGCUGCCGCUCCCGCCGCUGCUCCCGCGGCCGCCGAAGAAGCCGAGGAGGCUGCCCCUGCCGCCGCCGAGAAGACUCUCUUCACCCUCCAGCUGCAAGAGUUUGACGCCGCCACCAAGGCCAAGGUCAUCAAGGAGAUCAAGAGCUUGCUCGGUCUGAGCCUGGUCGAGUCCAAGAAGUUUGUCGAGAGCGCGCCCAAGAUGAUGAAGGAGAAUGUCCCCAAGGAGGACGCCGAGAAGAUCAUCGCUACCAUGAAGGAGCUCGGCGCCAAGGUCACCAUGGAGUAA